AUGACAAAGAAUGAAUUGUUGGCAGAUGAACGCCGAACUAUCAUAGUUGGCGUAAUGAAAUCGAAUCCUGCUGGGCUGAACUUGAGUGGCCGAGAAUGUGUCUCUUCUUCCUCGGCAACUUCUACGACUGAAGCAAAGCCCGGCUUUACUUUCACCUUAUUUUUUCUCUCGAAUCUUUGGAAAAAGAAACCGCUGUGCUCGCAGAUUCGAGAAUCGCCGUUCUCGUUCCGCAUCGUUUGGAGGAACUCUCUUCAGUCCCACAAUCGAGCUGAGGAUCAUAGUCGUUAUCGGCAUGAUGAGAACCUAAUGGACGCUUUCUGUACGAACACAUUAAGUCAAACGCAAUGCAAUGGACUUACACGCACUGGAUUCAGCGCCGUGGUAUCGGUAGGCAUUGUCCAGGGAUCUUUGGGCUUCAUCCUCGCGGGAUAUCUUACCAUUUUUUGUCGAAAAGAUUACUGCUUAGUCGCAUGGACAUUGGCCUUCAACGGCAUUUUGCAUUUGAUCACUACCUCACUGGAAGCUGCGAGCAGGUUUCAUCCGGGUAAUUUGAAGCAAUUCAUUCUGAUGGAACGAGCCACAGCUGGUCUGGGCAUCGCAACUUUGAUAUUGUUCUUUUCCUUUCAUGUCGUUUCUGUGGGCUCUUUGGCGAAGCGCUACGAUUCGAGGCUCGUUCCGUUCGUCUCAGUUCUCCUGGCUGCCUUAGCGAGCGUUGCACUAGCUUUCAACACCCUUGCACUAUUCGCUAUUUCUUACGAGGAGCUACCCGGUGGGAUCAGAGCCGGAGCUCCUGAUCUCAAAAACUUCUUGGACCCUUCCAUCAAAGCACUUGCCUCGAUGCUAUCUUUCAUGAGCAUCACUGCUCUCACCCACAUACUCCUUCAUUCCCUGCUGAUCCGCCGUAAACGCCAACUUAAGAAGAAGAAAGAAGCACGGCGGCAGAAAGCGAUCAGUAGCUUCUCAAGUUCUACCAUUGAAGAUCAGGAAGCGAUAACGGACAGCAGAGAGCCUCUCCGGAGAUAUUUUGAUACACUCAUACCUUCCACCCUACUGGCAAUCAUCAAGACUUCACUCACACUCUCCUCAGACAGCACAAUAAUCGAACGAAGGGUCCUUGCACUAGUUGAAUAUAUCACUUACGUCUUAGUAGUAGUAUCUUGCUUGCGAUCCCGGCAAGCAGGAAGUAUCCAACAAGACAACUUCUUUGGCCGGAUUACAUCGAACCCAUCGUACGCCCGCUCGACGGGAAGCGAAGAGCUUCUGGUGCCGCCCACAAUUCCGCGCAGUCAUUCAAUCUUACGAAGGGCGCCGAUGGCCAGCAUCAGGACCGGCUCCUACAACUCGACCUCCGCCAGUCCGAGCUCACUGCGGACGAACUUGAAGCCCCGCGAAAGGAACUCGCCGCCAUCCACUCGCCGCCAACCGAGGAUGAGUUACGCUGCGCAAAGCGCAAUCUCUUCUCUAGCCCCAGAAGAUUCUGCCUCCACGGCCGCUUUUCUUCCUAGGCCUCCCCCACCUCCACCUCAACUCCGUACACGCACAACACAUGGGCCUAAUGGCUCAGAGCUUGCGCCGUUGCGGGAGGAUCUGGUGGAGAAAUUCAAUGAAUCGGGGGAAAGGCUUGAUCAGCAAACUGUAUAG